GUUGGGUGGUGGGGAUCUACCCACCACAUUUCAGAAGUUUAUUUUCUUUUAGUCUCAAUUUCCAUUUGAGAUUUCAAUUUAAGUUUUAUAUCAAAGUCCAGUUUGAUUAGAAGAUACUGUUACUUUCGUUCUUUUACAUUGGAAGGGUUAUCAGUUAGUAUCAAUGUUCAGUUUCCUUUAAAAAAUAUUUUAAAAAUCAGCCAACACCGUCAAAUGUGCUAGUUAGAUAUACCUGCCUCUGGAAGCUGGGAGCAUAGAGCACCCAUCUUUCAGCACUUCAGAGUCUGAUUUUCAAAAAUAACUUCUCAACACUCUUGAAAACUGAAUUGUAAUGGUAACUUAAGUAGGACAAUCACAGACAGAAGCAUGCAGAUCACUAGUUGGUUCUGAAAAUUAUGAGGCCAUGGAAAAUGUAAAAAUGAUGUGCAUAGUUUCCAGUCCUUUACUUAUACAAACCUGCAACCCAAAAUGGCGGCUUCAGUGUCAAGUUCAUCAUGUGUUUUCAAAUAACAGUAAUUUACAGUAAUGAUUUAAUAGUAAAAAUAUGUAGUCAUUGCUAGUGAAAAGUCUAAUGGCCCUGUGGUUUUGGGGUGUCCCCUCAAUUCAAGUCAGUCCUGUGAAGGUAAACAAGUAAUUCUCUAUCCUUUUCCAAGUAAAGAGAUAAAAGAAUGUAAUGUUUAUAUAACAUUAUAUAAUACUUAUGUCUAAAGGUGUUUUUAAUAAUCACCUGAGAACACUGAAAAGUGAAGAGGCAAAGAUAUGCCGUGAAGAAAAUAUUCUACUAAAUUAUUUACAGUGGAUGGAUAUUUUUAGAAUCCUAAUUUGAAAUGAAUCCAUUCUCUUUCUUUUGUAGGUGGCUGGUAUUAGGUAUUGCCAUGGUGCGGUUUUAUAUACAGAAAGGAACACAUAGAGGCUUAUUCAGAAGCGUUCAAAGGACGCUUAAAUUUUUCCAGACAUUUGCUUUGCUUGAGGUAGUCCACUGUGCAGUUGGAAUAGUUCGCACAUCCGUGCUUGUGACUGGGGUCCAAGUGAGUUCAAGAAUCUUCAUGGUAUGGUUCAUUGCACAUAGUAUAAAACAGAUCCAGAAUGAGGAGAGCGUUAUUCUUUUUCUGGUCGUAUGGACUGUGACAGAGAUUACUCGAUAUUCCUUCUACACAUUCAACCUGCUCAACCAUUUGCCAUACUUCAUUAAAUGGGCCAGAUACAACUUUUUUAUCAUUUUGUAUCCUGCUGGGGUUGCAGGUGAACUGCUAACCAUAUAUGCUGCUUUACCCUAUGUGAAGAAAACAGGAAUGUUUUCACUGAGACUUCCCAACAAAUAUAAUGUCUCCUUUGACUACUAUUACUUCCUUAUUAUUGUCAUGUUCUCCUAUGUGCCAUUAUUUCCACAACUCUACUUCCACAUGCUGCGGCAGAGAAGAAGGGUGCUUCAUGGAGAAGUGAUUGUGGAAAAGGACGAUUGAAUCAAGCCUUGUAACUAUGGUGCUUUUAAUGGAAAAAAGAGGGUAAAAAACCAAAAUUUCCUGUGAUUUUUCUGAGUCCAAAUUUUAAAACAUGGAACAAGAAUAAACAACUGUGCAUAAAAUAGCAUGGACUGUAUUAUUUUUACAAUUAAUAUAUCUUCAGACUUACCUUUUCAUUCUUGAUUUCACUUUGACUUUUAAUUGUGCAUUUCUUCAGACAAAUUAUUUUCUUAUUCUCAAUAGGUUGGCAAAUAGAUUUAAGAAUUGGAAUAGUUGGCUGCUGUGCUUUCUAUUCUGAAAAUUCUGUUAUGACCUGUAGUCAUCAUCAAGAACAGAAGGAGAGUUGAUAAGUUGUAUUGAAAGUGAGUCUUCUGGAAAACAGAACAUAAAUUAGGUAACAAAGUUUUUCAUAGACUAGGUGGCUUAAAUGUUAUUUAAGAUUUAUAUUAAAUAAUACCUUUCCAUUUAUGAGUACUGUUAGCAUGUUGUUCAACAUUCUUUGAAUUAUAGGAUCACACUGUAGAAUUCCAGAAGGACUUUCGAGAGGAGCUGAAUUCUUGAUUGUCAGUGCAAAUUUUGAUCUCUGUAUACUUUCAUUUGUAAUUUUAAAGAUACGUAGAAUAAUAGAUAUAAUAUUAGCUGGUUAAAAGUUUGUGCUGAGGAGUAGAUUUGAUGUACCUACCUUUCUCUGAUCAGUGGCUGGAAUGGGACUUGUUUGCAGAGGAAGACUGAUAGUCAGCAUGUUUCCUAUUCUACGUUUAAUUAUGUGUGCAGAAAAAUUAUGGUAUUGCAUUUAGAAACUGUACCUAUAGUGAGAUGUUUAACAUCUUAUAAGUAGCUAAGUGGGAUAAAAUAUAUUUGAAAGUGUCUUAAAAUGUAAAUUGUGCUUUGAAUCAUCCCAUUGUGCAAUGAUAAUUGCUCCCUCCCCAUUAAUUAUUUAUACUGUGUUGACCUAAUUCUAUUUAAUGUCUUCAAUAAUCUGCACGAGGGAUGUACAGUAUAUUAAGAAAAGUUACAGAUGAUAUUACACUCUAUGAUACCUGAGUGGUAGAGGUCCAACAAAUUAGAUGCAGCCUAAAAGAUUCAGAGAAAAGGUAAUACAUUUGAGGAAACUUGGAUACUUAGUGUGAGAGAGAGAGAGAAGAUUGAUGUCUAAUAAUGUAAUAAGAAGCCUUGAUAAUGUAGGCAGCAAGGUUGCUUCUGGCAUCACUAAUGUCAAAUGAAGAGUAUAUAUGCAGAAGAACUGCAUCAGGCAGCUGGAAAUCAUAAUACUCCUUGUGAUUGCCGAGGUCGUUUCUGGAGUAUGGUCUUAUAUUUUGCAUACCUCGGGGGUAAGGAAUUGAAUCGACCUCCUGAAAAGUCAGAGAACAGUAACAAAAUUAGUUGAUGUGAGAAAGAAGUUGUUAAGUAUGAUUAAGUUUUUGUAAUAUGACAUACAUGUAAAGGAAGAGGCUUUCUAAGUAUGAAGGUGUAUCUAGAACUGAUUAUAUACAUUUGAAACAAGGUAAAUAUCCAAGGAAUAUCAGGAGAAAGAUCCUACCAAUGAGAUCAGUUCAACUAUAGAAUGACACAGUAGUGCUUAUCAAUGCAUACAAGUUCUUGGAAGGUUUUAAGUUAGAUGUAAUGCAAUAGUGGAAAAUAAUCUGGCAAGAGUUUGAACUACAUACUUGAAUAGGCAGUUUCCAUUUUUAUCUUCAAUGAUUCUAUAAUAAUAUAGCUUUCUUGAAAACUGUAGAUGCACCUUUUUCUGGUGUAUCAGGUAAUUUGAUGAAAAAGCAAGGAUUUACUACAUCCCUAACUUUCAAAUUCCAUUUUGUGCCUUAUAUUUGUGAUAUUUGUGCAUGUAUUCAUUACAUGUAAAUGUUUCCUUUUAAAUGAUAAGUGCAUAGUGGACUUGAGAUAGAAUAGUGGCAUUUCUUACAAUUUUAGAAGCUCUAUUUGUAUUUUUUAGAACAAAUUUCACGCAAGGUGCUAUAAUUUAACUUAUUACUUCUGUUUUAUAUGCAGCUAAAAUUAAGAAAAGUUUUAAUGAAAUACAACACUGAAUCACAAAAUAGUUGUGGUACACAUGGUCAGACUAGCAGUUGUAUUUGUCCAAAGUUCUUAGAGUACUGUUUUAUAAACUUCACUUGAUUUUUGAUCCAUGAGCAAUUUCACGGCAGUUUUUAGAAAUAUUUCUCAGCAAGCAAAGAGUGUGAUGAAAUAUGAGUAAGGCUAGAUUAAGUUCUGUGUGUCUUUUUUUACUGUCAGGGCAGCUCAUUGAAGACCAGAGCUAUCAAUUAAUUGAAAAAGCGUUGGAUACUUUAACAGUGUGAUUUUGAAAUCACAUUGUUAAGAUAGAUGAGUGUAUGCCACAGAUACUAUACCUGUGCUAUAACACUGUAUUACAUUUGUUUUCACUGUGGCCUAAGGAUAUUAUUGUAUGUCAAUCAAGGAGCUAUUUUUAUAUCCUUUUUUACAUGUGACAUGAAAAAAAUACAGCACUGUUUGCUGAAAUCUUGGGUUUGUACUUUCAUAAAGCAACAGUGUACAAGGUAAUGAUACAAUUUUUAAAGCGAUUUACAGCCAUAAAAGUCUUGCUAAAUGGUAAAUGAAUAAAGAUAAAGCUAAAAAUUAUAGUAUUGUAUUCAGUGUUUCAUAGACCAGAGGGAUUGCCAUGUAGAUGCAGGUACUUUAAAAAAGCAACAUGUUCGUUUUCUUCCUCUUCUUCUGUGACUGAAGCCUUUCAAUGAAGCCUCAAUGUGUACGUUUUGUUUUAAUAUUUUCUCAAAGAUAGUGAGAAUUGCAGGUAAAAUCUUCUUACCAUUGUCUUCAGAUGGGUCGAGAUUUUAUCCUAGGUAGCUUACUUAAACUUCAAUAUAACAUCGUGAAACAUUUAAUUAGCUCGUUAAAUGGACAUAAAAAGAUAAGUAUGAUUUUCAUAUGGUGCUCUCUUACCAACUUCUUUUUGACACCUGUCUUUUUUGUCUUCCUCUCUGCCAUAUUCCUAGUUUUCUAAAGCAUUGAAAUCCUGCUGUUUAUGAAAGAUUAGGAAUGUAUUCGAACAGCAUCUUUAAUAUUUUGAUGUAGUCUUUAAUAAAUUGUUCAUAUAAAGGUGUUUUCUUACUUGUGCUACAUAUGCCUUCUGGAAUGGAUUAAUAUAGAGUAUGACCGUAUGAAGCUUUUUUAAUGUCAAUAAAUAAGAAUAGGCAUUUAGAAGGGGAUUCCUAUUCAUCAGGUGACAUUUCCUACUAUUGGUAGUAACAUAAACACACCAUCCUUUUUAUAAACUCCAGCCAAAAGCAGUUGGAUUUCUUGAGGUUCCCCCCAACACUCACACACUGUUCCCACUGGGAGAUGCUGUUCCAGGACAGAUUGAGUGAAUCAUCUUAUUUCCCAUCUCUGCCCAGAACGACUAGAGCCAGAUCCUGGCUUCGGGGAAUGGGCAGUACAAGUCUUCCACAUUAGCUGCCAAGAGGGUCACUGAGGCCACUGUGAACAGUAGUUGAUAGAUGUAAUUUCUCUCACCUCUCACUACCUCUCACUUCGAGGAUGUGAGAAGAGAGGAAACUCAAUGUGCUCUCAUACCUUCUGUGUAGUGAGCUCAUGAGAUCAGCUGGGAGGAUCUCUGUGCAUAAAGGAUGUUACAGAAAGGGUUUUUCUGCUCCACUCAGCUAUCUUAGUACUAUAUUUCUUGAAAUACUGGUAUGCCAAGAUAGCUAUGCCACACUCUUCUAGCACAGCUCAAAAUUAACAGCCUUGGAGAAAUGGUGCAGUGUGCUGUUUCCUAUUGAACAUAAUAUUUAGUGGAUUUCAUGUUAAUGUACAGAUUGCAAUGACUAGUUAACAGGGAGGUGCAUGGAGACCUUUUCUGUGACCAGAGGGAACCUACCUUUUCUUAUCCAGAAAGAAAUAUGUGCAUUUUAAAGGUAGGUCUAGCUACUGCCCUGACUGUGGUAUUUGCAGUCUUCAAAGUAGCUUACUUUAGUGGAUAUUUGGAUAUUUAUAUAUUGCUAAAUAAACUAUAAUGAAAACAAAUUACAACCAUGAUAAUAAAUUAUAAUUUAAAGUAGUUGCUAUAUUAACAGUUUUUGUGAAUUCAGCUCUUACUUAAUCUGCCUUAAAAAAAAAAAAAAAAAGGAAGGGAAGUUAGCACUAGGCAGGAGGGCUUCAUAAAUCAAAAUUUUCAGGCAGGCAAAUGGGCUGCAGUUGUUUAUAAAGGAUUGAUUAAAUGUGGUUUUGAACAAAAAGGUUGAAAGGUUUUCUGAAAAUUAAAUUUUAUUUCAUAAUGUUUAUUUUAAAAUGUACUCAGAGAUACUGUAUAAUUUACCAGUUUACAAUUUAAAUUGAUGAUGAACAUAUACUUUUUAUAGAUGAUUAACUGUAGCCCAUUAAAAUGUUUUAUUCUGUUUGUUACAAUGACUGUUUAAGAAACAGACACCUCCUGUUUCUGCAAAGCUCUGUGUUGUCUGGCUCAAGUGGGUUGCAGUAUUAUUAGUGCCAACUAAGCUUUGCAAGGCUCUUAGUGGCAGGUUAAUAUUUGCCAAGGAGAGAUCCUGAAACUUGCUUUCAUGACGACACACCUUAAUAGUGGGUGGUACUCUUGGUUCAGUGUCUGGUACUGUACAUCACUGAUGCCAUUCUAGGGGUCUUGAGCGCCUUCAGUAUGACUGAAGGCUUUACAGAUGUCAAUAAGUGAUUCAUCCUUAUGAAUUACCAGAUUGAGAACUGUCUUGUGAAACACUUAGGUCAAGAAACUGAGUAAGUCUGACAAGUGAACUUAAGGCUGUACCAAGACAAACCAGAGAACCUGGAUGUUGGGUAACUAGCCAUUUCAUAGGAACUUGCUCUCAAGUUCAGGCCUGCAACUGGCAGUGGCUUUUCAGUUCUAAACUGUACAGACAGUAUUUUCUGUGUCAUGUUGUAUCAACUGAAACAUGUUGUCUUUUUAUUCACAGCUCUCUUGCUUUUCUGUUCAGUCUUGAAUGUAUUUUAUGUCUUUUCAGUUGAUGGCUUUGUAGAAGUGUAAGUACAGACAUACUUACCUAAGCAUAUAAUGUAUAGUAUUGUACUUAAAGAUUCUUGAUAAUGUAAAUGCACACAGAUGCUCAUUGUUAUUUUUUCUGAAAUGCGUUAUCAUUAGCAGUUUACACAGACAGGAAAACAACACAGUAUGAUACUUUUAAUAACUUAUUUAUUUGAAAAGAUUAUAAGAUUUGUUGAGCUAUAGAUUCAUAUAUUUGUUUUAGAAAUUGUUAAUACUGUAGCACUGUAGAAAUUAAUCAUCAAUUAAAAGACAUGUUCUAAAC